AUGAGGCAAGUGGAGCAUGGCGACUGUUCCGAGGGGGAGACGGAGGCAUUGGGAGCCUCAUCAUCCUCAUCGCAGCAGGAGCAGCAGUGUGUUCCCGAGCCCUACCUGGUUGGAUUCGUCAUCGCGAACAUCGUCGGGAUGCACCAUUACAGCGGCACCAUCAACAGUCGGGAGAUGGUGGGGCUCGUCAGGGAGCCCCUUAACCCCUUCGAUACCAAUGCAAUCAAGGUCCUGAACACCCGGUCGGUCCAGGUCGGCCACAUCGAGCGCUCCGCCGCUGCCGUGCUCGCUCCCCUGAUUGACUCCCAUUUCGUCAUCGUCGAGGGCAUCGUCCCCAAGCCCCACAGGAAUUCCAGCCAAUUCCGCCUCCCGUGUCAGGUACACAUCUUUGCUCGCCCCGGUGCUGUGGUGAUUGUCCGCUCUGCCAUCGACGCCGGCGGCCUGGAGCUAAUUGAGGAUCCUGACGCCGCGUUCGGUUUCUCGGAGGCUGCCUUCAUUUUGGAGAAGAACCCUCCUAAGUCGAACGAUGAUUCCGUCUUGGACCAGAUAUUUGCACUAGUCCGUGAGGAUGUUGAUGGGAUCGUGAAGCCCCGGGAACCCCCGAAAGAGGUGAUCACGUCGGAGUUAUUUCCUCACCAGAAGGAAGGAUUAGGGUGGAUGCUACACAGAGAGAACGCAAUGGAGCUGCCUCCUUUCUGGGAGGAGAGAGAUGGAACAUAUCUGAACAUUCUGACAAACCAUCAGACGGGUGAGAGACCGGAGCCUCUAAGGGGAGGGAUCUUUGCGGACGACAUGGGCUUGGGUAAGACCCUCACCUUGCUCUCUCUUAUCGCCACUGGUAAAGGAAAAUAUGCUUCAGGUGAUGAAGGUAAUAAUGCCCUCCCUGUUGCAUCCUCUGGUAAGAGGUCUAGAACCUGCAAGAAACCUGUCAGCACUCACAAGAAACGGAAAACUGGUAGUGAGGGCUUGUCUUCGGAUGUUGGCUCAUUCGGGCCCAAGACUACAUUGGUUGUGUGCCCUCCGUCAGUCUUUACCUCGUGGAUUACACAGUUAGAGGAGCACACCAGGCCAGGCAGCUUGAAGGUGUACAUGUAUUAUGGUGAGCGGACCAAAGAUGUGGCAGAGCUGAUGAGGUAUGAUAUUGUCUUGACGACGUAUACGACCCUGUCAACGGAGUUCAUCUCACCCGAGUCCCCGAUGAAGCAGAUGGAAUGGUUCAGGGUUGUUUUGGAUGAAGCUCAUCUGAUCAAGAACUUUGCUGCACAGCAGACCAAGGCUGUCAUUGCUCUGAAGGCUGAGAGGAGGUGGGCAGUCACGGGGACACCCAUACAGAAUAAUUCCUUUGAUUUGUUCUCUCUCAUGGCGUUUUUGAGAUUCCAGCCAUUUUCAGUGAGGAGCUAUUGGCAAAGGCUUGUGCAACGCCCAUUGGAUCAGGGAAGCAAGUGUGGACUGUCACGGUUACAGGUAGUAUUAGAUGCACAAUGUUCUUGAUUCAUUUAUUGAGAAAAUGCAUGAAAAUGUUUCAAGUUUGAUGGUGCGAGGAGUUUCCUGAAUUGUAAAAUUAUGUAACCGUCGUGAAUACGAUCUUGCACAUUUCUAGAUGUUUUAAGACAAAAUUUCGAGUGAUUUAUUCUCGGCACAUGUGUUUUGCCGGAUAGUAUUCUAUCUGGGAGAAAAUUUAAUUUCUAAACGCCAAUCACCUAUUUGUUCUUUAAACAUUGUACUACACCCGUGAUGUCUCCAACUCUGUUGUGGCAAAUGUCUUAUGUUUCCCCCUUUCUUUUCCAGGGGUGUUUAAUAUUGGUUGAAUAGCUAAAAGGUAAUGCUUACCAUGUUUAGGGAAUCAUUACAUAUUUCUGUAGGUAUUUCUUGUUUAGAGUUCUGAGUGUUUAGUGCAUAUGUAAUCAGAUCCUUCUGACGUUUGAAUUUAACUAAAGCAGUUACCAAAAAGAACAAAUGAUCGCAUCUUUAGCUAAAAGGGAAACAAGAAUCUUACUUUCAUAAUUGCUUCAAGCACUGUGUACUUGCAAUUGUUUCUGAAGCGAGUUCGAGCACAGAGACUUCAAUGCCCUGAUUAAUACUGGAGAAGUCCAUGCACUGAAUAUUAAAAGAUUCUCUUUUUGAACAAUGAAGUUUAAAAUAGAAACACUACACAUGAAAGUGAUUUAAGUCAAAACAUCAGUGCCUUAUGUAUACAUUUAAAUGCUAUCAUCUCACCAGUUGGAUGUGAACUCCAAUGUUUGAGGCUACCUAUAGAUGAUAUCGUACUUUAGAAUUAUUUCUGAACUUGGUUUACAUGUGCAUCAUAUUGCGGAGCAUAUUAGGUGCUUGAGUUUUAAAGUUCAACGAUGAUGCAUCUUGGACGAAAGUUUGUUACAACUAUUUUAAAGGACAUGCCAAGUUUCCCUAGUUUGAUGUGAACUUUGACGUCGUAUUGGUCUUCUUUAAGCAUAUUACACCUUUGAACUCCAUGGAAACUUUGUAUUGCAUGUGCAUCAUAGACAUUCUUUCAAUUCAUGAAAAGGGAUUUCCAGAAGCUUUCGUAAUCCCAGAGAACUCCAUGCGGUGUUUCUUCAUUGCCUUUGUGUUCAGUUUUAAAGAUGAUUAAUUGCAAUUCUGAUUUUAUGACAGACUGACUGACUGCUUAUCAUGAUAAUCAUUACGAGAAUGACAUAGGUUUACUGGCAUUGCAUAUCAUUCAGCAGUAUAUUGUUCACUCUUAUUAUUAUUGGUUUGAGGCUUCACUUUAUGACCGUUCAAAGGGCAUUGGAAAAUUAUUCGGGCAAUGUGUUGUGUCCAAGAUCAUUAAUGUGAUAACAAAUUAAUUUCAUUUUUAGGUAUUGAUGCAAACUAUUUCCUUGAGGAGGACUAAAGAUUCUGAGACUUCCACCAAGAACUUAGUAGGACUGCCACCAAAAAUUGUUGAGACUUGUUAUGUUGAUCUUUCUGCUGAGGAGCGUGAGCAGUAUGAUCUAUUGGAAGCAGAAGCACAGGCCACAGUAAGGGACUUUAUAGACGACGAGACUCUAAUGCGCAACUAUUCUACAGUGCUUCAUAUAAUAUUGCGACUUCGUCAGAUCUGUAAUGAUUUGAACUUGUUCCCAUCAAAUAUUAGAUCCCUUCUUCCGUCCAAUGCUCUCAAAGGUAGAGCGCUCAAUCCUCUAAAUUCUUAUGGUUUUUCGAAAUUUCUUCUUACUGGAGAUCAAACUAUGAUCUUAAAUGCAUACAUAAUUUGUUGAAAGCAUGUAUGUUAAUAUAAGAAGUGGAUCGAGUUAUGAAUACAAGCCAACUACUAAUUUUUCAAAAGUAUGUAUAUCCGUGUAAAAUGGAGAUCUAGCUUGGACUAAAUAUCCCACAUCAACUGUGCUUUUUUUGGGCUGCAUGAUUUUCCUCCUCUUUUUUCUUCAUAUAUAUAUAUAUUUUUCCUUCCAAGCAUGACCAGUGGAGUUUAAAACUUGGUGCAGAUGUCUCUCGGAACCCUGACUUGAUUGAAAAGUUGGUAACUUUGGUUCAGGAUGGAGAUGACUUUGACUGCCCUGUUUGCCUCUCUCCCCCCAAAAAAACGGUCAUCACAUGUUGUGCCCACAUCUUCUGUGAGGUCUGCAUAUUGAGAACAAUCAAGCAAGUCAACGCCCGAUGCCCCAUUUGCCGACAUUCCUUAUCAAGGUCUGACAUCUUUCUAGCUCCGAAGCCACCAUCUGACGAAGAGAAGGUCGAAACUGGCGGCAGGCCUCCCUCUUCCAAGGUCUCUGUUCUACUGAAGUUGCUUCAGGCGACUAAGGUGCAGGAGCCGUCGGUGCGAUCUGUGAUAUUCUCACAAUUCAGGAAGUUUCUGCUGCUGCUUGAAGAGCCCCUCAAGGCUGCCGGUUUUCGGGUCCUGAGAUUGGAUGGCUCGAUGAGCUUGAGGAAGAGAACCCAGGUUAUUGAGGAGCUCAGUAGUGGCAGCGAGGGAGACAUGCCCACCGUCCUUCUGGCCAGCCUCAAGGCAUCGGGUGCCGGAAUCAAUCUGACCGCAGCAUCGAGGGUGUAUCUCCUCGAACCAUGGUGGAAUCCUGCGGUUGAGGAGCAGGCAAUGGACAGGGUGCACCGCAUCGGCCAGAGAGAGGAAGUGAGAGUGGUAAGGCUUGUUGUGAGGGGCACCAUUGAGGAGAGGAUACUGCAACUGCAAGAGAAGAAGAAUACACUGGCAAAGGGUGCAUUUGGGAGGAAGGAACAGGAAGAGCAGAGGCAGAUGAGGGUGGAGGACCUUCGGACUGUCAUGAAGUUGUGA